UUUGCAAGCUACGAGUAGACGUCUAGAUUGGAGCAAAUUAUUCCACACUUUUUAUUUGUGUUUGUAUGAUUCCAUUGCGUCACAGACAGUAGGACCGCUUUACCCCCAGUGCGUAAGUGAACCACAUUUUUUGGUGAUCUAUUGAGUGGAGGCAAGUUAAUUUUUGACCUAACUUCUGAGUUCUUGGAUUACUUGGUGGGGGGCCAAGGGAACUGGCAAUGGGAGCGUGCCUUUGCUGUGCCUCGUACAUUUUUACAGCCUGGUGCCAAGGGACAACAACAACAUGGGAAGCGGUAGUAGUCGUGGAAAGAAGGUUGCACCUGGGAGUGUCAACGAGAUAAACACAUUCAUAAGAGAUGACAACACAGUCCAUGUUUCGAAAGAGGAAAAUCACUUGUUCAAACCAUUGAAUAUACACAAAUUGACGAACUUCAAUCAGUCACGAAACAUAACGCAACAACUAGACUGCCACAGUGAAGGACACGACUCGGAAUUUUCAGCAGAGGAUGAUGCCGUUGAUGUGGAACUGGACCGGGUUCUAGAGGAAUAUGACAAUCGGGAAUUGCGUUCCAAAAGGAAAACUUUUGAUAAGACGCUUUUAAUCGGGUCAGACACGUAUGGAUUCUGUAAUUCCAAACGGGUCCACAAUGAAAGCGAUUUCAAUUCAACCCCUCACUUGCAGAGUUCUGAGUUGUCGGAAGGGACGGGGGCACAUUGUCCAUAUAACGGUUCUGCAGGAGUCCUCAACAAGGACAAGCAUGUCUUUCACCACAUUUCCAAAGAUACACACAUUCAGUUCCCAAGCGCCACUCAGGAUAAUGACUUCUUGACAAAGGGAACUUGGGUGGAAUCAGUGCCUCGCUCAGAAUCAGACUCAGUCCCUGACGAUAGCCAUGGCCCCUCUCUUUCCACGCCCGCCAUCCUGUAUGAUGGAUCAGAAGUGGACCUGAUGGAGACCAUAGAGAGAGAGUUUAGUUGACCCCACAGGAGAGACUGGUGACAACCUGCUCACAUUUCCUGCAUUCACUUUUGGAGAAGCACAGUGCUCAUUUUAAAGAUGUACUAUAUUGCUCAAAUUCUAAUAGUUUGCCUAAUUUCAGUUUAUGUGUCAAAACAAGCAAGUUUAGUGUAAGGAAUCAUUGUACCAUCUAAAUCGCUGUGAAAUAUAUUUCCGAUAACCAAAAAUAUAGUAUUUUCAGCUGUUUGAAGCUGUGGUGUACAAAACCGCAAGAAAAAGACGCAAAAACAAAAGAAUGGGAAGCAUAGAAUUGGAGCACAUAGAACAGAUCUACCACUCCUUAGACUUGCUUCCGAUGACAAGAACAGAUCUAUGACACAAAUUUCUAUGUGAAUUUGGUCGGGUCCCCCCAAAAUGCAGGACAACUUUUGAACCAAAGAGUUGUUGUUCUUUUGUUAUGAAUUGAUGAUAGGUGCUGUAGCAGUCAGUUGAAAAACAAUACUGCAUUUGCAGCACCAUGCAAGGCACCCACCACCAACUAAUUUACUAAACUAUGAAUUUUCUCCAUGGUUAUGUCUCUCAAUGGCUAAUAGACAGAACCAUCAAUUUCCAUGUGGAAUUCAACAUCAAAUCGGACCACAAAAAUGCCGAAGGAACAAUUCUUUCCUCGGUCUUAUAAAUAUUUGUCAUUGAGCAAUGUACUUGUGGUUUUGUAUUCUUACUGUUGCAUAACGUUAGAGUAAAAGAGCUGAAGGACGUUGCACUCAUUUCCACAAGGCUUAUGGGCAUGCUAUACUAGUAGAAGGAAAGUCAUAUUUGUUCUCUCCAUGCCUACUUUUGAAAGGUAUGUGCUAGGUUUGUGUAUUUAUGUUUCAUGUCCUGACCACAGAUCCUGUGGUCUUUCCACCCUUCUUCAGAAGGAAUAUACAGCAGCAGUGGUGAUUUUAAAAUUCAAAUAUUGACUGGCCAAACUCAAUCAACAAAGCUCAUAUGCAUCAAAACCAGUACACUACACUGGCAACACAUUGAAUGCACUUAUAACCAAUCCCAGAAAUGAGUUUUGAGCCACAUACACAAACUUUAUAACUGUUGGGUUCCGAUCAGUGUAUGGCUACUUCCCAUAUCUUUAGCUCUUUGCACAGAAGGCCGCUGUAGUCGAGUAUACUGUUAUGGAGUAAACUAGCUAGUCAUCGCUCUGCAAUAUAACAACACUUUGCAUGUCUGCCUGCCUGUUACAAAAUAACCUGGUUAACAAUAUGCAUCAUUUAUAACGCUAUUGCUUCGCUUCAUCUAUUGCACAGUUAGUUCGGAUAUGAUAUAUUGUUGUGACAGGAAAUAACAGAUUUGCAUGCAAAUCUCUUGGAUAUUGGUGGCGCUCCGCCCCACCUGCCUCACGUGAUGCAUCGGCAGCAGGAUUUUAGAGGAACUCGAUGUGGCCCCUUUUUUGGCAACUCACUUUCCACUGAAAGAGAGAAAUCCAGUCACAGAUCUUCAGUUUUACUACCCCACUGUGGUGAGAUACAGGAAUUGCAUCUGCACACAUAUCCAUUUACACGCAAUAUAUUGAAUUGGAACAGUGAUAUAUGUGUUGAAUUUCGCUAUGUCCCAUCCACAAUGUGAUAUUUCAAUAGUGGCUUCAUUUCAGAUUGUGACAUUCACUCCCUCAAUGGUUGAGGUUUGCAAUGUAAUAUUUCGUAGUAAAAGAUGGCCAACAGGAUGUACUAAAUACUGUUUAUUACAUCUGUCCUCUUGUAUUUCAAUCUGCUUAUAUGUUCUAAUAAUGAAAAUGAACAUUUUACAACACAGAUUUACAUAGUCCAUAAAUCCCAAGUAGGAUGAACUUCCGAGUGGUGCAGCUGUCUAAGGCACUGCAUCUCAGUGCUAGAAGCAUCACUACAGUCCCUGGUUUGAUUCCAGGCUGUAUCACAACCAGCUGUGAUUGGGAUUCCCAUAGGGCGGUGCACAAUUGGCCCAGCAUUGUUAGGGUUUGGCCGGAGUAGGCCGUCAUUGUAAAUAAAAAAUUGU